UGCUUAUUUAGCUGUAUUGUCUUCCAGGGUGAAUAUAUAUUUUUAGUUCCGAAAAAAGAAAUGUCAAACAGUGGUGAGACUAUACCCUUAGUCAGUACAAAGGUCAAGAACUCAGCUACAUUUAUAUCUGUUGAUAUAGAUCCACUGAAUCCAUUUAAUGAAGAUUACAAAGAGAGGGAAAAUUUUUGGGAGCAAGUUAUUGAAUGCUUUGAUAGAGAAAGCAAAAUUAAUCCUGAAAUCACUUGGAUUAAAGUAGAAACUAGACUUCGUUUAGAAUUGUUAAAGAAGCGCUAUAAUGACCCAGACAUUCCAGACUCAGAAAAAAGUGAUGUUCUUGUUGUUUUAAUGACAGCAGUUUAUGAAAGAUUCAAAAACUAUGUAACUGAACACAAUCAGUUAGAGAUGUUAGAUAGUUUUGUGUCACAAUUAUCAGAUUUUGCUGAUAUAUUGUUGCAAGAAGAUUUUAAUGGUUUUUCUAUCUUUCCUUUGACAAAUCCAGAUCCAGAAAUAUAUGAUGCUAACCCGAAAACGCAUAAAUCUUUGUAUGCUGGAUUAUUAAAAAUUAAUAAUUCUAACAAAUCAGAAACAACUAUAUUGCAUCUCGCUGCAGAAAAUGGUUUGUGUGAAAUUGCUCAAAAAUAUUUAAUGCUGUACCCUAACUCAGUUUGUAGGAAAGAUUAUCCAGAAGAUGGUACUCGCCGACGAAUGGCUGUUGAAAUUGCUUUAGAUAAAAAGAAUGAUAAACUUUGUUCUUUGUUAAUGAAAUCAAUGUUGAAUGAGAGAGUUCGUGACUUAUUCGCUAAUGAAAGUUUAUCAACACCUGGACAGUACAGCUUAGGUGACCUAAUAAUGUCUGGUAGUAUGAAGGAAACUGUACUUGCAGUUUUAGAUUCAUGUAUUAAUCCAGAUUUUCCUUACAUCAUUAGAGAUGAACAGCAGAAAAAAAAAGAAGAAGAAGCCUGGUCAAAAAUGCCACAAUUACCACUUCGAUUCAAUUUCUUUUUUCGGAUUUUGGAUGGUGAUAGUGAAGGUCGACCUGCAAAAAUUUUCAAGAAUAGUAAUGACCAAGGAUUAAUAAAUCCAGAUUUCAAACAUUUGACUAAGUCACCACUCUAUAUAAUUGCUAAUUAUGCUAAUUUUGCUGAUAAAUUAGACCCUAUUAGGCAUCCAUUGGUUCGACAGUUAGUUAGACAGAAAUGGAACAAUUAUGGAAGUACCUCUAUAAUGAUGAAGUUUGCUGUUUAUUUGCUUUUUCUACUUUUUAUGUCAUUUGCAUUCAUUUUACACGCUAGUUCAAUAAAUCCGUUUGAUAACAUCUCUAAGCUUGAUAAGUUCAGAAAUGUUUCUCAAGUUAUCGUUGCAUUGCUAACAAUUGUAUACUUAUUCUCUGCAAUUUCUGAGUUUUGCAAAGAUCCAUUUGUCUACAUGAAAAGUUAUUACUAUAUGGUUCAUUCUAUUGGAUUGCUUCUUGUAAUUGUGUUAAUACCCUUGCAUUUUUAUACUGAUCCAAGUGUUACUAGAGCUGUAGGAAGUGUGGCAUACUUUAUUAAUUUUAUUUGUGUGUUUCAAUACUUCUUGACAUCUGAGUCUUACGGUAUAUACACAAAAACAUUUGCAAUGAUUAUCUAUACAGAUAUCAAGAAAUUUUCAGUUGUUUUUUGCGUGGUGCUUUUUGCAUUUUCUGGAAGUAUUUUCUUGGCUAUUAGUGCUUCUACUGCAUUUGAUGUCAACAACACAAGAACGUACUGGUCUGUGCUUUUAAAGGGCAUGCGAGCUAUUUCAGAGGGAAAGGAGUUUGCAGAUGAUUAUAGUGGCUAUCACAUUUUGCUUUUGUUUUUGAUUCUGUCUAGUAUGUUUGCCAUUAUAGUUAUUAUGGCAAACAUACUAAUUGGUCAGUUAAGUUUUCGUUUCGAGAUGGCACAGCAAGAUGCAACAAUACAACUCGACAUAGAUAAAGCAAAGAUGAUAACUCAUAUUGAGAGAAGCUGGUUUAAAACACAUAACAAACGUAUAAAGUAUUACAAAGAUGGUAUUUUUGUGAGUCGCAUAGAUAUGUUUAAUGAUUUGUUACAAGAUUGGGAUUUGUUGCAAUCAGAAGGAGAUGAUAAAACAAAAUCAGUUAUUCAAAACAUGAUGGAGAAACGAAUAUUAAAAAAGAAAAAUUAAAUAGUUAGAAAGUUUUUCUUAAUUAGUAAUUUUUAUAUUCAAAUCAUUAUUUCCGAGUACUUUCCUAUUUAAAAUUACUUCACAUUUUGAAAAAGUUUUGAAAAAAGAUUUUUUUAAAUGUUUUAGUACAUAAGUACGUACGCUUUUGUUUCGAACCUCCUCGCCCCACCCUGCAUUUUGCCAUACGCUUUUGAUACGAUACGAUAUUGAUACGAUAUUGUGGCUGGAUAGUUCAUAUUUUGAGUACCCUCCAACUCCCCUACAAGUACCUACGCUUUUAACCUAACUAUUU